UCAAAGGCAAACUUUUAAAUUUUAAAAUUCGGUUCCGUUACGAACUAUAAUUUGAAUUCACGACUCGAACGGAAAGAUUUUAAUUGUAAAUUAAAUAUAAACAUGAGUAACAAAUUGGAAAUCGAACCUUCUCAUCUAACUUUUACGGUUGCACGAAACCAGAAUCAAGAUGAUCAUUUUUUAUUCACUUGGAAAGAAGACGAAAUUAAAUUAAAGAACAAUGAAUCUGAAACUGUUUGUUUUAAAAUCAAGACAACAGCUCCAACAAAAUAUCAAGUUUCACCAUCUUAUGGAAACGUUGAAUCUGGUGAAAAAGUUUCAAUUAGAGUUAAAGUCUUAUCAAAUACGUACAACCCGCUAGAAUACAUUAAACAUAAAUUCUUAGUACAGACCAUGCCUGCUCCUCUAAGUGGAAUUGAUCAUGAAAAAAUGUGGAGUGAAGCGGAUCCAACCAUCAUACGUGAAAAAAAGUUGCUAUGUGUCUUUCGUGAAGUAAUCAACUCGAGUUCAUCAACCGUUACUCCGGAAGAAAGUUCAGAUGUGCUGUCGGUUUAUACGUGUAAUACUACAGAAGCCGAUGUAAAUUACUUUAAAAAUUUAAGAGUUGAGAUGACAAAGCUGACAGACGGAAUGAAAGAUUUACAAAUGACAAAUGAGGAAUUGAAGAAUGAAGUUUUAUUUUUAAAAGCCCGAAGGAUUUUUGGCGAUAGAGAUGAAAAUUCAAUAUAUGCAAUUGAAUGUCCACACGUGAAUAAAGGCAGUUUGCAAGAGUUUGGAGAUAUAACAUCCGAUACAGAAAAUACUACUAUGGAAGAUUCAAUAGAACAGGAAAGCCAGUUAACCUAUUAUUUACGUUGUGCAGUGGGCAUUUCUUCUUUAUGUGUAUUGAACUUUCUACUCGGAAUUAUGUUUGAAAGAUUCACUAAUAUUCUUUAAAAUGUUUAUGCCCGAAUAUUUAAUUAGAAAAAAUGUUAUUCUAAUUAGAAAUGUGUUUAUGUACUGUACAUAAUAUACUGAAUAUAUUCGCCUCGUUAACAUUCUCUUGAUUUUCAUAGUUAUAUUUUUAAUAUAAUAUAACCUUGAAUAGUUUUUCAUUUGUUUAGAAUGAUAAUUAAUUAAAAAUGCUACAAUUAUGAAAGAAUUCAUUUUAAUCCUUUUUCAUCUGAAAAUUGGAUAUACCAAACCAAGAAGACGAAGGUUAAAUAUACAACUAAACUAAACUAUAUGUGAUUUGCAAUUUUGUACUCUUCGUAAUUAUAUUUCGAGUAAUGCAAAUUGAAUUUUUUCGUUUAUAUAAUACUAAAUUGUAAAGGAAUAUAUACUGCAAUAAAUGGAAGAGUUAGCGAAGUUGGAGUCGAAUGCUUUUUGUACAGCUUCAUUACUCGAAAGCAAUAAUAAUCUGGUAUUAGCAAUUGUAAUAUAAAUUCGAGAUUUUUCAGCCAAAGAUAUAUUUCAAUUAAGUUUGCGUAAAAUUGAAAAUAUUUCUUAUUUUUCUUAUUCUUCUGA